GUGUAUGGAUUGAUAUAGAUUCAUAAUGUAAUGAAACACGUCUUAAUUGUAUCAACUGGUGACCAAUAUAUAAAAAAUAAACAGGAUUGUACCUGAUUUAGCGAGAUAUUUCAGUUUAUAUUUUUUUAAUAAACUCGAUUAAAAUAUUGUGCUAUGUAUCCUCCUGUAAAACCGGUUUGACUUCAAACCAAUAUCAUUGAGGACAACAAUAGAAUAGCAACCGUACAUGUUCGUAGUCGUUUGUGGACGCCAAAACAAGUCCAAACUACAAAAUGAGUUUAAAAAGAAUCCCAGUUGUUUUGUUAGUCUUUGCAACAUCUUUCCUGGCUGCCCCUCUUAUAUACAGCCUAGACAAACUUGCAGUCAUGGAGGAUCAGCGCUGGGUGUUUGCUUCUGGAGUUAUUACAUUGCCAUUGUUUGGACUGAUCUGUGUUGUGAUAGCCAGAGACAGUCCAGGCAAAAAUGAACCUCUGUUUUAUGUUUUUGGCAUCUUCAGUUUUACAGCCGUAGUUGAUCUGUUUAUUGCUUUGGAGCUAGAUGGGUAUGUGAAGGGGUUCAUGGAGUUCUACCUCCGUGAAGGGGAGCCCUACCUUCGCAGCUCCUACGGCACGCUUAUCAACUGGUGGGAUGGCACUGGACACUUCUCCAUGUACACUGGCAUGAUCGCUUUAAUGUGUUCUGGGAAAGACUACCGUCGUCUGGGGCUGUACUGGGUUGGUUCAAUCAUGAAUAGCAUGAUAGUUUUCUUACCUGGGAACAUGACAGGAAACAAAGGGAUAAGGUGGUCCUAUUUGUUGAAUGUGCCAUAUAUAUUUUAUCCCGUGUAUGCUGGGGUGAGAUUCAUAAAGGAAGGUUUCAAUAAGAAGCAGAAUCAGUUCAAAGGUAAACAUACCUGGGAGAAAGUUAUAGAAUACUUGUUCAUGGCCUGGUUUUUUGUUGCAUCGGGAAUAUGCAUGUUCAGGAUGGUUGCCUGUAUGGGCUGUAAGGACUGGAUUGCUGUCUUCUAUGUGGAUAACAUUGAGCCAUUCCUGCUAGACCCAACCCAGUAUGGAAAACUCCAGUCGGUGGUGUAUGUUUAUGUGUACGUUCCGUACUUCAUAGCGGCCCUCUGCUCGCUGAUUUACCCAGACCAGACCUGGAUCAAAGACUGGUCCCUGGUGUUUGCAGGGGGCUCGAUGCAGGCCCAGCUGGUCUACAUAUGCUGCUCUCUGAAGUGGAGAACCCCGGAACAACAUCAGGUCCCUGACACUGCUCUUGCCAGGGCUGUCUUCUGGCCUGUCAACUUGAGUCUUGUUAUUGUGCCCCAUCUGUUUGCCAUUUACUGCCAUAGAGAGGAGCUCAGGAGUGCCAUACAGACCAAAGUUUCACCUUUUUUUCAAACUAUUGCCAGUGAGGUAGAGACGUCUAGGAAGACGACUAAGAAGAUCAGUGUUCCCGUUGCUCCAAGAAAUGGUCCAGUAACUCGUCAGCAAAAGAAGAACAUUUGAUUGGCUUGUUGUUGCUGUAUUUAUGAAGGAAAUCCAUCAACUUUUCAGGAAUCUCAUCAAGCAUCGCUAGUUAUUUACAAUUACAACAAACAUUUGGUUUUAAGUUGUUCAUAUAAUCUUUUUUAAUUUUAUACAGUCUUGAAAGCCUGAUCAGUGCCAUUUGGUGUUUAUAUGUAUUGUACAAGUUAAUUUAAUUGGCUUGAAUAACUGUGCAUGUUUAUCCAUCUCUCAUCUUAGUAACUCUUGUCUGUCCGUCCGUCUGUGUGUCACAUAGGUUCUGUUUAGCACGUUAAUUUCAAUUUUGUGUACUGGUAUGCCAAUUAAUCAGGUUUUGUAUUACUGAAAAUAAUAUAACUGAUAAUGCUCUCCUAUUGGGAAGUCUUUUUAAAUAUUUCUAUACUGGUAUAUUAUUUACAGGGCACAACAAUUUUUCUGCCGUGCUCCCAUAUGAUAAUUAUGUUUUAUAUAAAAUCAUUAAAACAUUUUGGAUUUUUCAGAUUUUGAUGGCAAGUAAAAAUAAACACAUACUUAUAUA